ACGAUUGGUCGAUGCUCUCUUUAAAUGCACUUUCAAUUUGAAGGCUAGGAUAGUUGUAGAGGUUAGGUUCGAUUCGAAGAAGCAGACGACGAAUUGAUCACGUAAUAUAUGUACACAAAACACAUGUUUUAUCGCCGGCUUACAUCAUUCGUUGUGCCAUCAUGAACGGUACAGAUUUCGAAGGCUACGUACGAUCCGAAAUAUUCAAUAUUUUAUAAUAAAUGUAUCAAUUGUCAUGAUUGUGUGCGAAGUUUUGUAGGCCGAAAGAUUUUGACGCAUAAGGUAGUUCUUUUGAUUAGAGGCCACUUUUCUCCUUAUCAGCUCGAUGACGCUUCUUGAAAUCCGUCUGAUCGGAUCGGACGCCGAAAUAAAGUAUUACGUGGAGCAGAAAUGUUUCACGAGCAAGAGAAUUCUGCGGAAAAUUUGUCCAAGAGAGAUAUCUUGCUUACAUCUUUUAUUUCAGGUGCUUUUGCAGGGAUUAUUUGUGACGUGACGCUUUUUCCAUUGGAUACCCUUAAAACACGAUUACAAAGUCAGCAUGGAUUUUUCGAAUCUGGUGGUUUCAAACAGCUGUACAAAGGUGUAGGACCUGUGAUAUUAGGUUCUGCUCCAUCAGCUGCUAUAUUUUUUAUCACUUAUGAUGGAAUAAAACAGUAUUCACAACCGUAUAUACCAGAUCAGUAUCACUCUUUUAUACACAUGGCUGCAGCAUCAUCUUCUGAAGUAACUGCCUGCUUGGUUCGGGUGCCAGUGGAGGUAAUUAAGCAAAGGAAACAAGCGCUCUUGUCCGACACGCAUCGAUUAGGACUAAGAACAUUGUAUCGCGGUUAUGGAAGUACUGUUCUCCGGGAUUUACCAUUUGGUAUGAUUCAAAUGCCAUUGUGGGAGUAUUUCAAGCUUUGUUGGACCCAAGAAAUACAGCGAGAUUGCACACCCCUGGAGGGUGCCACAUGUGGGGCUGCGUCAGUUGCUAUAUCAGCUGCCAUAACGACGCCGUUAGAUGUCGCAAAAACUAGAAUUAUGUUGUCCAGUACUUCAGCGGAAAAAGCAGAAGUUAAAAUAUCUACAAUGUUGAAAGAUGUUUACAGAGAUCAUGGUACUAAAGGGCUGUUUGCUGGGUUUCUCCCGAGAGUAACUGGCUUUACUAUUGGUGGUUUUAUAUUCUUUGGCGUUUACGAACAAGCCAAAGAAUUUUGUAUAUCCUACUUUUCAAAGUAGUCAUUGAUAGAUUAACAAAUUUAAAAAAGUUAUAUUAUAUUGAAGCUCUAACAAAUUUUUCGAAUACAUUCUAGCAAAUGAGCUUUUUUUCUCAACAAUAUUUGCUGGGAUCAAUUUCAAAAGUAAUUACAAGUUAAUAAAAUUGAUCAAAAUAAAAAAAUAUUGUUUAUUUAGUUAUUACUAAUACUCUGUCUAAUAAAAUUAAAGUUUAAAUCUUCUAAUUAUAAGAGAUAAUAGAAAUAUAUUUAUGAGCAAUCAAAUAUCACUUUUGAUGACAAGAGAUCAGCUUUAAACUAAAUGAUUAAGAAUCACAUAUAUUUAAGAAUAUUUCUCAAUUAUAUAUUGUGUAGCACUUUAAUUAUACAACACCUCUCAUAUACGCAUAUUUUAUAUAUCUUUUUAAAAAUUUACUGUUUGUUGAUAGAUUUAAUCCAAUUUUGUAAAUUUGCAUUAUACUAUGCUAACAAUUAGCAACAUUGCGAUACAAAAUUCUAAGCUAUUGAAAAUUACUGAACGAAACAAUAUCACAUUGGUCUUUAACAUUUACAUUAUAAAAAAUCUUUUAUUAUUAUAGUAUAUAGAAUAUAUGUAUCAGCUAAAUUGUUUGAUAAAAAAAAUCGUACAAGAAUAGAAUAUCAAUACUGAUCUUAUUAGAUCAGUGUACAACAAUACCUUUUCUCAGGUUUUCUGCUUAAAACAAUUGCUUCUUCCACUUGUUGCAAAUUUUCUGGAUUGGACACGAAAUCCUGUACAAUUUCGUCGAACAAUUCGUCUGUAAAAAAAAA